AUGCACAGCACUGCUUGUAAUCAUGCCAAUACUUGGCAAAGCUUGAAAAUCUUCAAAACAAAUCUCUUCCAUCGUGGAAAACUGUCCGGUGUGGUAAAGGAGUAUGUUCAGAACAACACGAUUCAGACGACAGAUAGCAUUGACUGGUUACAGAGCCAAAGUGGACUGUGCAAAGUCGAUCGCUAUACACCCAGCGACGAGGAGGAACAGACCUGGGCGACUGACUCAGCCAAACUUUUCCAGCAAACUGCCUCUGAUCCAAUCAAAGUCUUAAGCUGGCUGCGAAAAGAUCUGGAAAAGUGUGCAGUUGGGAUCCAGAAUGUGCUGAAUGCCAGUAACAACGCAGGUGGCACCAGUACAAAAGAACCGACUGCAACUGGGAGGCAAGCCAUGCCGCAGCGCAAGGUACGUUCCCCCGGCGGCUACAGCAUGUGCGAUGAGGAGUUCAGCGUGAAUGUGAGCUCCAACAGAGGCUCUCCCAAUUUCCACUUGGCGAUGAAGACUGCCUGUCAAAAGGAGUCAAAGGAUGAGGAAAGCGACAGGUCUGCCUCGCCAAACUUGCAUCCUGACCCUGAUGAAGUCUCUUAUUAUUGCAAUCGGCUUUCCAACCUCGCCAUAGCGAUGGCACGCAAGGAGAUGGACGAGAAUGCGGACGGCCACACACGCCCCCAGAAGGCCGUUUUCACAGCUGCUGGGGACCACGGCCAACGGUCUGUCGGAGUGAGCACCGAGGAUAAACACAAACCGUCCAAGAUGGGCGAAUGCACAUUUGAAGAGAGCCCCACCACUAAGAAGAGAGCCAUAUAUUACAAAGAAGAGAAUACGGAAAUGCCUAGUAGAAGUGAACGUUGCAAGGAUGGGAGCAAAGGUUGCCACCAGCAGAAAUGCUUUGGUGCCGAUGAGCAUACCAACUCCCUGAGCAAGGGCAUACUGGUUUAUGCCAACAAUGUUGUUUCGGAUAUGAUGGUCUCUGUUAUGAAGACAAUGAAAGUUAAAGUGAAUGACUCCAAUAUAGCUUGUGCAGUCCUCAAGAAGGUACUGCUGAAGCACUCCAAGGAGGUGGUGUCUGACCUGAUAGACUCCUGCAUGAAAAACCUGCACGACGUCACAGGGACUCUCAUGACAGACUCCGAUUUCGUUUCCGCAGUGAAGCGGAGUCUUUUCACCCAAGGAAGCCAGAAGGCAUCUGAGAUUGUCCAAGCCAUGCUGAAACGUUUGCACAAUGCUUUGAUUGUGCAAAAACAGGUGAGCGACAAGGCCAGGUCCCAAAGCAUGGCCUUUGCGAGUGUCAAGACGGGGACGGGAGCUGAGGGGAAGAUGCAGAAUAUGAGGUUUUCUGCUACGAAAACAGAAUCACAAAAAGAAAAGGAAAUGACUUGUGCCGAAACAGUUGGCAACCACAUUCUGAAAGAGGGCCUCACAAUGUGGCAGAAAAAGAAUGACCCUGGAGGAUCCAAUUCCCAGUCAUCCAAGGCCGCAGGAGUUGCCCACUGGAAUCAAGACAGCCAAGACUUCGCAACGGAUUCUUGGGCAAGAGACCUGAUUGUGACAGCGCUGCUCCUGAUACAGUACCAUCUAGUCCAGCAGGAGAAUGCCAUGAAGGAAGCAGAAGGUGGCCGCUCUAGCAGGGCAGCUGGGACAUUUGGCUUUCUGUCCCAUGAAAAAGGCAGCGGUGGUGGCUCCCCCCCACUUUCAGCAAAAUUGGGUGACCCGUCCAAGCAAAGUGAUGACGAACAGUCAGAGACGAAUGCCGACAAUGACAUGUCCAGCGUGAUAGUGACGCUUAUCAAAAAGCUCAUCAAUGAGACUGUCAGCAAAUUAGGAGGAAGCGCAGGGAGUUCAGCAGCAGAAGAAGCAAGCAGGAACGCCUACAAAUUCCUCGAAGGAGCAGGGCCGUCCGGCCUUUCAGAAACAGACCAUUCCUAUGAAGAGGCCAUCUCUGGACUGACCAAAAUGAUUCUGGAUCAGUUUGACGUCGACAAGAAGGAAGGAGGCAGCGGCCCCUUCGUUGACCACCUGGUGGAUACCGUAACCAAGCUGUGUCUCAUGAUAGCUAAAUACAGCAAUCCUGAGGCAGGUCUUGGAGGCAUUGGAGAUGGAGAAGAUGCCGAUGAUACAAUGUAUUUCAAGAGCUCAGACAUCGGGGAAAGCCGCGUCGGGUCGGGUAACGACACUACAUCUGGUCGCAAAGUGGUUGUGACCAACCAGAAUGCUCCAGAAAACCAGCACAACAAACAGCUCCAAGCCAUCCUUCAGUGGGUGGCAGCCUCGCAGUUAAAUGUGCCUGUGUUGUAUUUCAUGGAUGAUGAUGAAGAAACACUGAAUAAGCUUCAACAACUCUCCUCCGUGGCGGUGGAAAGGGGCUACAGCGUUGGAGAAGUCAUGCAGGCCGUGCUGAAAUACGAGAAGGAAAGGCAGUUGGGGGAGGCCUUGGGCAACUUGGUGCGGUUGCCAGUGCUAGACUGGCUGCUUCAGCAUCUGUGA